GAUAUUUUCUCUUGAAUGAAUUUCUCCUGCAAGAAUGGACCGAGAUAAAGACAGCACUGCGCCACAUGGCAAAAAGUUUGGAAUAAAAGUGAAGAAGAAACACAGGAAAGGACACAAGGGUGUUGUAAUCGCAAACAAAAAUGCUCUAGAGGCUGAGCCUGAAACUAAUCCUGGCGAUCCAGACGUGGUAAACGUACCCCAGCCUGGACCCUCUGAAGCGUCCACCUCUGCACCCGCUUCCUUCAGACAGACUGCUAAUACUAAGAGGUGUAAACCUGUGGUCAAGAUCUUGGAAGGUGAAAGCAAACCACAACAUUUCCAGAUCUCCAUCAAUAUAACAGAGGCUAGACAACUAGUCGGGGACAAUAUAGACCCUAGUGUCGUGAUUGAAAUUGGAGAUGAGAAAAAGCAGACGUCUGUGAAAGAAGGAACCAACGCUCCCUUUUACAAUGAGGUGAUCAUGCUGUCUUUGAUGGACACUUUCUGA